AUGGAACUUGUAGAAAAACGAAUGAGCGUUACCGCGUGUAAUGUCUUCAACGAACUUCGACGAAGUCGUCAACUUUGCGACGUUGUACUAGAAGUUGAGGGUCGUGAGUUCCACGCCCAUAAGAAUAUACUUUCCGCAUGUAGUCCAUACUUCCGAGCACUAUUUACCAACGGUAUGACUGAAAGUGAUUUGAGUCGAAUCCAUAUUCCCAAUGUGUCAUAUAAAGUCAUGAAUUACUUGAUUGAAUUUGCGUAUACUCGUGACAUCACACUGACAGCCGACAACGUAGAAAGCAUUUUUGCUGCGGGAGAUCAGUUUCUUAUACAUGGCAUUGUGCAGAAAUGUAAAGAUUUUUUGGUAAGACAAAUUUGUCCAGAGAAUUGCUUUGGUAUUCGUAACUUUGCACGAUCCUACUUCUGCACUGAACUUUCCGACAUUGCAAUGGACUAUAUUCUGGUACACUAUGAGGAAAUAGUAACAGCAGACGAUGCAGACGAAUUUCUCAAGCUAAGUCUAGCUGACCUUAUCGAUGUAAUCUGUCGUGAUAAUCUGAAUGUUAAGAUGGAAGAGUACGUAUUUGAGUCUGUGUUACGCUGGAUAAAAUACAGUGAAAAAGAGCGAAGGAAGUUCAUGCCAGAAAUUUUGAUGCAUAUUCGCCUUGGCAUGACCAACACCGAUUACUUCAUGAACAACGUCAAAGCAAACGAAUACGUCAAGGACAACGAACUCUGCAGGCCAAUCAUCAUUCAGACAUUAAAUUACACUUAUAAUUUUGAUGCAGUGUCCGCUGCCGCUGGUCCUAGUCAAGUUAUUUCACGGCCACGACUCCCAUAUAAGCUCUUGUUUUCAAUCGGUGGAUGGAGUGGCGGAAGCCCCACCAAUACCGUGGAAUGCUACGAUACACGUGCUGAUCGCUGGUCAAUAAUUGAUACGGAAAAUAGUUCCCCACGAGCGUAUAUGGGUAUAGCUGUUGUAGGGCAUAAACUUUACGCCAUGGGAGGAUUCGAUAGCAACCAGUACUUCAACAGUGUACGCUCUUUUGAUCCAAUCACAAAACGCUGGGAUGAAGUGUCGCCAAUGCAUUCCCGUAGGUGUUACGUCAGUGUUGCUGUUCUUGACGAUUGCAUUUACGCCAUGGGUGGAUUUGAUGGCCACACAAGACUUCGCACUGUUGAAAGGUAUGAUCCAAAGACGAACCAAUGGCGGUUUAUCACAUCUAUGAACCACCACCGGAGUGAUGCAUCAGCUGCUCAACUGAAGGGACGAGUGUAUAUUUGUGGCGGUUUCAAUGGCAAUGAAUGCUUGAACUCUGCGGAAUAUUUUGACCCUACAGACAACACCUGGAAUGACUUGCCACGCAUGACGUCACGCAGAAGUGGGGUUGGCGUAGUGUCAUAUCAUAAAUGUAUAUAUGCUGUCGGAGGUUUUAACGGUCUUACAAGGUUGAAUACACUGGAGAAAUAUGACCCACAUGUAAACAACUGGGUUCUCUGUCCAAGCAUGUACAUCCAUCGAAGCAAUUUUGGAGUCAGCAUCCUUGAUGAUAUGAUUUUUGUAAUUGGUGGAUUCAAUGGAGUGACCACUAUCUUCAACGUUGAAUGCUACGAUGGUGACAAUGAUGAAUGGUAUGAUGCCUGCGACAUGAACGUGUUUCGCAGUGCCCUCCAAAUUGGCGUUAUAGCUGGACUGCCUAAUGUUAGUGACUAUGUCUGGCCUCGUGAUCAAGCUCUUCCACCACCAGCUGUUCCCAGCAGCCAGGAAAACAUCCAACAAGCAGCCCGAGUUUUGGAGGAAAAUCGAGACCUAGCUCAAGCUCAAGAAGAUGCGGAGUUUGAUGCCGGUUCCAUUGAAGGAGACGACGGAAGCGAUGAUGAUGAAGAUGAAGAUGAGGAGGUACCGGUACCAGACAGGGCUCCAAAUCACCGACGUCCUCCAAGUGGUCCAUCUGGACGGGAUCCAAGCCAUGCAGUUAUGCACCUUGCUUAGAAAUAG